AUGCUUCGAAUGGCAUUAAUUCAACCAACAUUUACUUCAUCAGGUCUUCAAGUUGAUGCAUCCGGAAUGACAACAUUAAUGAUUCCUUAUAGUCCAUUACUAAAAGAUAUUAUAGAAAUAAAAGAAAUUAAUGUUAAAAGUCGAAGACAUGGUGGCACAGUUGCUAAAUGGUUUUCGACAUUUCUAGAAAAACCAGACUUAGAUUUAAUUUAUUUUGAUGAACAAUUUGAACCACAACAUACAAAAAAUAUUGAACCAGAAUUUCCAAAUGAAGCAUUUGAUUCAGAUGUCGUAAUAUAUCACGAUAUGAGUCCAUUUCAUUUAGGUUCAUUAGAAUCAAUCGAUGAUCUUAAUAAACGAUUAACAAAUCCAAUUAAAAUAUAUAAUUUUCGACCAAAUAUUAUUGUUAGUGGUGUUGAUAAACCAUAUGGCGAAGAUUAUUGGCGAGAAAUUCAAAUUGGUGAUCAAGUUAAACUUCGUUGGUUUCGAUCAUGUUUGCGUGGUGUUGAUAAACCAUAUGGCGAAGAUUAUUGGCGAGAAAUUCAAAUUGGUGAUCAAGUUAAACUUCGUUGGUUUCGAUCAUGUUUGCGAUGUUUAUUACCAACCGUAACUCAAGAAACAGGUAUUCGUGAUCCUAAUCAAGAACCAUGGAAAACACUUCAAACAUUCCGUCGUAAACCAGAUUUGUAUGGUAUUAAAGCACAAUUUGGAACAUAUCUUGCGACUAUGGAAAAUGGUAUAAUUCGUGUUGGUGAUCGUGUUCGUGUUUUACGAGAAGAUAAAAACUUUUAA